AUGGUUAAGUACAGCGCUGAAUCCCCAAUAACAAAAGUGUCACCGCCGAGUAGAUCACAACAUUUAACGCUAAGCCAGUAUGAUCAAGCUAAUCCCAAUGAAUGUCGCGAGGAAGGUGACGCCUUUAUGUUCGACCCUAUUAACUGGGACCAAUCACCUCCGGUGUUCACGUGUAACUUUCUUAAGGUACGUCUUGAGUGUUUACUGGCAGACCCGUGCGACUCUGAUGUAGGAACAACCAACUACACAACACUGGUCAGUCUCUUGCAAAAUGUGAUCAAUUAUUACAGCUUAUUUGGGUUAUGUAACGACACCAUAGAUGAUAGUCUGCCAUAUGAUCACGUGAUUAAAAUCAGAGAGCGAUGUCUGGAGGAAUCGGCGCGUCGCAUCAAAUCACCGUUUGCCAUAUCAUGCCUGGAGACAGCAUGGCUGACGUAUUGUAUUUACGAUGAGCAAGUGGCGUGUGGUGACACCGACGCAAGGGCACCAGAGCUCUAUGACAAUGUUCAGUUUCUACUCGAUGGGCUCUGUGCGUAUAAACCGCCAUCGGAACAACUCAGAGAAGAUGCAGACGAAUGGCGUGACAAUCAUCUAGAGUAUUUUGAAUACGAACGAGAAUAUCCCUGCAGUGCAACGAGCCAUAAUCAACAUUACCUCAUUCAAUGUGUUGCAUUUAUUGCCCUAGCUUUUCAAAGUAUGUAUAACUACUGA